AUGGAUCCCAGUUUGUCGCGGAGAUGUUUACAGAUAUGCAAAGAUUUGGGAAUUAAAAAUAACUUUAAAGCCACUUGUCAUCUACAAACAAAUAUGACAGAACGAGUAAACAAAACAGUGAAACAAAUGAUCACUCAAUAUGCAGAAGGCAAACCAAAUUCAUGGGAUAAAGAAAUAGCAAAAUUAGCGUUUUCCAUAAAAACACCAGUUGAUGAAUCAACAGGACAGUCUCCAGCGUUCCUGAAUCUUGGUAGAGAACCUCAACUUCCUCUUGAUCUGAUCCUCGAUGACCCUACUGAAGGCCCAUCUGUACCUCCAGAUGAAAUAAAACAUGUGGCUCUAAGUUAUCGUGACCGACUAAGUCAAGAUCUCAAAUAUGCUCAUUAUCUAGCUAAAGAAGUACAAAAAAUCAAUCAAAAGAAUUAUUAUGAUCGACAUACAACUCAGAGAAAAUAUGCAGAAGGCCAAUUAGUCUGGAUAGCUAUUCCGCUAGGACCUAUACUAACAUCGAAAUGGCAAGGUCCUUGCAAAAUUCUUCGACAAAUUCGCCUCUCCUCGUUUAAAGCCCAACGUCUAUCAGAUCGGGUUAUUUUAGGUACAGUUAACUCGGAUCGUUUAAAAUCGUAUUACGAAUUAAAAACCACUUCAAUAGCGAAAGAUAAUUUAGAACCACCCGCACCACUCAUGUCACUGCCGUUAACUCCAGUAAUUACGACACAGAACAUAAGAAUACCACCAGAACGCCUAUUCCGAAGAACGAUAUCGUUAGCGCGAAAUACAAAACAACAGCAUCCGAAAGGUAUUCGUAUAACACGACACCGACGUUUUAUCGAAGAAAUCAUCGGCAUCGGAACCGUGGCACUGGCACUCUCAACAGCAAACACCGUUCAAUUAGGUCAAUUACAAAAGACCUACGAAAAAGAACAAAUCAUGCAAGCAAUAAAACUGAAAAAUACAGAAAGUCUAUUCAACGCUACUACAGAAAUCGUAAACGAGCACUCAUCAGCUAUCGAAUAUAUCAACCAACGAUUAUCAAGAUUAGAAGACAAGCAUCAACAGUCGUUUUUGUAUGUAGCCAUCAAUGAUAUAAUUUCUAAUGGAUUAACUUUGUCUUAUAUUGGUUCGCCAGAUGCGUCGGCUAUUGUUCGAGAUGUUAUUACUAGAGGCAACAUUACGCUUCGUGAGUAUGCCGAAACAAUCCCACCCGUUUCUCUUAUUACUAGUCCACUGAUUCUACAAAAAAUAAAUUUUAUAGCAUCAACAAACUACGCGCCGGAAGAUCCGAAUCAACUUGGUCGGCUAGAGUUCGAAAAUUACUUUGCUGUACGACAGGAAGACUUUACUCAGUUUCAAAAUCUACAGGAUGACCACCAUCCCAUUCUAUCACCAACAAAAAUGGGUGCAAAUGGCCAAUUUACCCUUCUACUUCUUCCAUAUGACGAUAGAGAAUAUGACGAUAUUGUCAAUGUAAACUAG